AUGCGAUUGUUGGCGCUAUUUGUUAUUAUCGGGGUGGCCGCUGGUCAACUUAUUGGACCAGUCGGACCUACGACACCACUGGAAAAAAAGACGAUCGAGUGCAAUGUUUUGGAUUACGGUGCAGUCGCAGACAACUCCAGUGAUAUAUCUUCCGCUAUCGAGAAGACCUUCACGGAUUGCGUUCGCAAAAGGCCUGGAAGUCGAUUGGUCAUACCUGAGGGCGAUUAUCUUCUGAACCAGAGUGUCGUCCUCAGUAACGGGACGAAUUGGGCUUUUCAGUUGGAUGGCUUAAUUACGGCAGCUUACAAUGGGAAUUGGAAUGUGGAUCGAGGUUUGAUACUCCAAGGUUCCGCUGGCAUCGAUUUGAUUAAUUCAACAAUCAAUGGAGAAGGUGACGGGAAGUUCUUGAUGAAUGUUCUUGUCAUUGUCAAUGCUGUCGACUUUGAAUUUUAUUCAUUGACUGGAACGGGCGCCAUCCAAGGACAAGGAUAUCUCUACCGGAACGGGAACAAUACUGAGCGCCCACGCCUAGUCAGACUGAUCUCACCAACCAAUGCUUCUGUCCAUGACCUGAUUUUGGUUGACAGCCCUAAAUUUCAUAUUGUGCUCGAUUUUGUCUUGAACGUUGAAGUAUAUCACUUGACCAUCCGUGGGGCGAAUUUGGGUAGCUACGAUGGUAUUGAUGCGAUUGGGACGAACUACUACAUUCAUGACAAUGAGGUUCGCCGUCUUAUCUCGGGAUCUCUAGGAGACACCGUAACCAAUAGAGACGAAUGUGUCUCAGUCAAAAGUCCAUCGCACCACGCUUUGAUAGAAAAUCUUGUCUGCAAUCAGGCGGGGUCGGGAAUUUCUAUUGGAAGCUUGAACGUGUCAGCAGAGAUAUCCAAUAUCGAAGCCCGUAACAUAAGCAUUAUUCAAGGGAACAAUAUUGCCUUCAUAAAGACAUACCCCGGAGGAUCGGGCUAUGUGACAAACGUGACAUUCUCCAACUUCCGCUCUCUUUCAAGCCUAUAUGGUCUCGAUAUCAAUCAGUACUGGCAGAAUACGUUUUCACCAGAUACUGGUUCUGUUGCACUGAGUAACCUUGUAUUCCGCAAUUUCACAGGUUCUGUUGCUGAUGGCACAAAAAGACCACCAAUCUACCUGAUCGCAAAUGAUCUGAACUUUGCGAUCAAUGUCACGGUCGAGGACUUUUCCUUAUGGACUGAUACUGGGAGUGCGAUCGUGAACAAAAUCAACAAUGUUUUUGGUUCUGGUGAUAAUAGUUACGGUGUGAACAACGGCAUAAAGACUCUGAGUGGUACUCAGUCACCCUACACGUAUACCAGCAUUUACACUGUCACGGCAACUCCCACUUCUUGGCAGGCACCAAGCACCCCAACGUGGGCCGCGCCUAGCACAGGUUAUGGCACUUCGACCCCUAUUCCUGUCUAUGAACCUGCCCCACUUUGGCGCCCGGGGUCUGUCGACUACGAAUUGCAUUACUGGGGAUCCUUUUAG